AUGGAUUAUGAAGAUAUUGGUAAAAGCAUGGCGACUGAUAUACACUUAGGUUACGUUGAGGGUGGAAUAAGCGAUGACUACAUCGGCAGUGGAGAGGCCCCGUACAUCAUUGAACAACCUUUAGAUGUCACCGUGGCUCGACAUCAGCCUGCAACUCUCAACUGCCGUGCAGGUGGCUCUCCGACUCCCACUAUUCGGUGGUACAAGGCGGGGCUGUUGGUGGUAUCCGAUACGCACAGAAGUCUGUUGCCAGCAGGCGGAUUGUUCUUCUUGAGAGCAACUCAUGGAAGAGCUCAUUCAGAUGCCGGAGUUUACUGGUGUGAAGCCACAAACCCUUUCGGUACUGCUAGAAGUAGGAAUGCAACACUACAUGUAGCCGUCCUACGUGAAGAAUUCAGAUUAGAACCGGUAUCUACACAAACAGCACAGGGAGAAACUGUAAUACUCGAAUGCUUGCCUCCAAAAGGUUUACCAGAACCAUCUGUGUUCUGGAAGAAGAACGGACAAAUACUUCAUUUUGAUGGAGAUUCUAGAAUGCACCUGGUAGACGGAGGCAGUCUUGUUAUCCAAGACGCGAGGCAAACCGAUGCGGGCCGAUACCAAUGCAUUGCAAGGAAUGCGGCGGGUACCAGGGAAUCUGCAGUGGCCACGCUCAAAAUACACAUUAAGCCUUACUUAAUCACGGGCCCCGAGGACGUCGUGGCACAGACUGGCGGUAGCGUGACGUUCCAGUGUCGAGUGGGGGGAGAUCCCCUCCCAGAUGUAUUGUGGAGGAGGACAGCUGGAGGUGGAAAUAUGCCUCUUGGUCGAGUUAAGGUUCUUGAUGAUAGGAGUUUACGAUUAGACCAUGUUAUUUUGGGAGACGAAGGAGAGUACACAUGCGAAGCUGAUAACUCAGUUGGCGCUGUUAGUGCAAGUGGUUAUCUAACAGUAUAUGAUCCACCGUCAAUUAUGUUAAAACCUAAUGUAGUGAUCGUAGAGAGUGGCUCAACAGUAUCAUUCACAUGCACGGCUUCUGGGAGACCUGAACCGACAAUGUUUUGGAGCUUAGAAGGGAAUAGAACUAUUAUUUUUCCUGGUACAACGAAGGAUAAAUAUUACGCGUCGCCAGUUCUCGAUGGAGUUACUAUUCUAACAAUCAACGUUACAAAUAAAAAUGAUAGUGGUAAUACUAUAGUUUGUUCGGCGGUCAACUUCGCUGGCAGUUCGUUUGUUAGAGGGAAACUAAGCGUGACGUCAGACGAUGACCGUCCGCCGCCAAUCAUAACAAACGGACCCUCUAACCAAACGUUACCUAUAAAAUCGAUGGCCGUUUUCCCUUGUACAGCAAUCGGUACACCUGAACCAAUCAUCGCUUGGUAUUUUGAAGGGGAAGCAUUAAUACAAAAUCAUAGAAGGAAUGUAUCUAAUGACGGUACCCUAAUAUUAAAAGAUUUAGAUAAAAGCGACAGUGGCACUUAUACUUGUGUCGCUUCAUCUCCACACGGCAAAUAUGUAUGGAGUGGGAGUUUAUUAGUAGAUAGCCCUAUAAAUCCAAAUAUACAUUUUUUUCGAGCCGCGGAUGUAUCAGCUUUGCCAGGACCACCAACAAAGCCUCAAAUAUAUAACGCAACUGAAACAACUGUAACAUUAACGUGGAACCAAAAUAACAAAAUUGGAUCGUCUUCCAUACUUGGAUAUCAAAUAGAAGUGUUUUCCCGAGAGACCCUUACUGGGAACAACACACCGAGAAAUUCUAGAGGAUGGGUUGUGCUGGCAAAAAAGAUUCAUGCAACACAAUAUGUGGUGAAAUCACUUAUUCCGGGAAUCACUUACAUGUUUAUUGUGAGGGCUGAAAAUUCUCACGGCUUAUCAGGACCUAGUCCGACAUCUGAUUCUGUUACAGUCGGCGAAGAUACUAACGCUUUGUGGGAAUCGGGUGUGUUCUCUAAUAAUACUGAAUUCAGAAAUAAUAUUUUGACUGACAACAUUGUCGAAUUGAUAGAAGCAACUCCAAUUGAUUCUAAAACAAUAAAACUAAUGUGGGAAAUUCUGAAUUUCUAUUAUUUGGAAGGGUUAUUCAUAUAUUACAGGCCGUUAGACAAUACGACGGUUGAAUAUGAGAUGAAAACUAUUUUACAUUCCAAUGAUGUCUCCGGAUAUGAAAUAACUUUUUUGAGAAAAUAUACGAAAUACGAAUUUUUCCUUAUUCCCUUUUAUAAAAAAUUUGAAGGAAAGCCAUCUAAUUCAAGAGUGGCUCAAACUUUAGAUGAUGUGCCCGAUGGUCCACCGAUGAAUAUAGAGAUGUAUAUUCUGAAUACGACGACAGUUCAUUUGAAAUGGUCCCCUCCGGAAUUGCAUUUACAAAACGGUAUAAUUACUGGCUACAAUGUUGUGGUGAACUGGUUGGACAUCCCUGCAAACAAAUCGAUGGUGGCUAUAAACACGACUGUACAGCAAGCUACUAGUCUUAUUAUGACAAAUUUGACAUCCGGUGUAAGCUAUUCCGUGCAAAUAGCCGCUGAGACGAUAGUCGGAUUAGGUCCAUUUAGUCAAAAAGUCUAUCUCAACAUUGAUUCACGAUCUGUCGGAUUGGAUCCUUUGUCGAGAUAUCCAAUAAAUGGGGAAGUGUCUAUAGUGGCUGGGGACUUUGUAAUGGAAACAUGGUUUUACUUUUUGAUAGGAGCUAUCAUUCUGUUCAAAAUAAUUGUGAUUGGCGGCAUUAUUUACGUAAGGAGGAAUAACAUAUUUACCAAAAAGACUGCUUUACCAAACAUUUACGAUUCUAAUGGAACGAGUUUAGUCACGCAAAUGAACAUUAAGGCUGCUGUGUCGCUGUCACAUCCACUGAGCAGCUGUUACAACAAGAACACUGUGACUAAAACUGAGUCAUUGUUAUGGAUGGAGAAUCAACCUGGAUUAUGUAUGUCCGGUAAUCAAACAACGCAAGGGAAGGAGAAGGCUAAUUCCGAGUACGACAAGGUCACCCCACAAUUACCUGAAUACGCAGAAGUAACAUCUUCAAGAGUUAAUGGAAAUGAAUGGAAUACAAGUAAAACAGCAAAUUCACCCGCUGCGUAUGCGUCUGUUACUUUAGUUGCUAACACGAGACAAUGUGUUAGUUCUUUGGGCUGGUUUCCCCCUGGUGGAAAGAACGUUGAUAAUUUCGACAACCGGUAUGCACCUGAUGAGGAGCUUUACCCAGCGAGCAAUGGAGGCUAUUACAAUAGGAACGUAUAUAGCGAAAAAUAUUUUCAAGGGCAUCCCAACGUGCUAAAGUUCUAUGACUUGCCUUCUUUAGAAAAAUCACAGAAAGCUCAGUUGAGAUAUAAUCCGAGCUUAGAUGACAGAAAAGGCGACGCAACAAAGACUGAAGCAGCACAAUCACUGAUUGGCCGCACAUACGGUGUGAGCUCCAGAAAAAACUCUGAAUCCGAGACGACCUACAGAGCUUUCGCGGAAGAUGAAUCAGAUGAUGAGAACUAUACUGAAGAUGGUGGUUAUGAUGAAUUACAUGCGAUGCAGUCGCAGCGAAAAAGGUCUCAGCAUCAAUAUGAGAGACCCAAUUUUGACAACGAUAAUGCAAGGACAUUGGCAAGGCUGACGUCGUUCAGACGUGGCCAGAAUUCCAAUGGAGCUUCUCAAACGUCUCUUGCGCCAACGCAUGCACCUCCAGUACCAAAUUCCCGAGUUGACUCAGUGACACGGUAG